AUGUUUGUCUUAACUGAUUUCUUGUUGUCGGUGUCUUCAGCCAUAAGUGUCAAUCCUUGGCGCCGUUCAGCUGAUUCUCUCUCUGAUUUGGUGAGACGUUUCAAUGAUUUAGAACAGAGACUGGAAAUGCAAGAAAAGCUUAAUGCUGAGCAAGAAAAAGUCAUUGAAAUAUUGAACAUUAAAAAUGAAAAAUUACAGGAAGCAGUGGAGACUCUCAGUUCUGCAAAGGAAAAGAAACAAAGGAACGAUUACAGGUUGAAAUUAAGUAAAGGAAGUAAAACAAUAAUGAGAAACGAAACAGCAACAGAAUUUGGAAUGAACUCGGAUCAAAAAUCCUCUACAUCUCAUGCACCUUCUAGUCAAAUUAAUUGUUGUGAAAAACCGUUGUUGACGUUACAGUACAAAAAACAUAAAGGGAGAUCCGUAACAGGUGGAGUUGCAUUCCACGCGUACUUGUCACAUAAUGAAAACAAUCCAGGAAGUCACCAAACUAUAAUUUUUGACAACAUCAUAACAGAUAUUGGUGGUAACUAUAAUCAACACUCGGGAGACUUCAUUUGCCCAGAGAAUGGGGUGUAUACAUUUUCGUGGACAUUGUUUUGCUCUCGUGGUGGAUAUAUCUAUUCCCAAAUCGUUGUGAAUUCGAAUUCGGUUGGCGCUUUGUUUUGUAGUGGACAAGGAGCAGACGAGAUAAGAGCAACAACGGGUGUGGUCGUGGUAGAGAUAAACCAGGGAGAUGUCGUGUAUAUAAGGACACAUCCUUCAAACCCCAUAGUCGGAACACUUUAUAGCAAGACUACUUACCGAUCAUCAUUCAGUGGAUGGAAACUGUUUUAA